ACAUAAAACCGUUGAUAGUCAAACAGGAUUUAACAAGAUUUACUCGAUGAUUUAAAAAAAUCAAAAACAAACUUAUUAAAAUGCUUAUUAGUGAAUUAAACAACAGAGACGACGUACUGUCAGCUAUAAUUAAAGAAUUAAAUGGAGUUGGCAUUAAAAUACGCAAUGAAAGAAAGAAAAUUUCAAAUAAUAAAAAACGAAACAGAAAAAUAUUCAAUGUGUCACUUCAUUUAAUGGAACUUGAUGAUGGAUUAUUAUCAAAUGGAUCAGUCACACAAAUCCCGAAAUUUGUCUUGAUGGCAUGCAAGAGAAUCCAAGCAGAACUGGAAACUGAAGGAUUGUUUCGAAAGACGGGAAGUGUGAAACAACAGAAGAUUAUACAAGAUCAUUUAGAGAAAGGAGGGAUAUUUGAUAAAAACCAUCACGUGAUUGACGUUGCAAAUUUACUUAAAACAUUCUUCCGACAACUUCCAGAACCUUUAAUUCCACCAGGACCCAUUCAGGAGGCUCUCCUUCGUUGUUUAUUUCAUUUCAAAACUUAUGAAGAAAAAUGUGAAGCUUUAUUAAUGCUUAUGCUGCUACUUCCACCAAUAAGUGUUAACACUCUCGCUUACUUUCUCCAAUUCUUAGAAGUUGUAGUUAAAAAUUCAAAAUUAAAUCUCAUGACUGCCGACAACUUAGUGAAAGUACUCACACCAACAAUUAUGCCAGUGCCAUUAAACUCCCCACCGCAAAGACUGAAUUCACAUUUUAAAGUGAUGGAACUACUUAUUGAGAAUGCAAAUCUCCUUGGAGUUGUUCCUGAUCGAAUGUUAAAGAAAGAAAAUUUUCCAUUUACACUUCCACUAACUGAAGAACGAAAGAAGAAGAAACGACGAAGUGGCUCACUUAAUCGUGUUUUUCAUGGGUUCCGUAAAAUUGUUGGAGCCAUUGGGUCGUCUGAAAAUCUUGAUGUCGAUUCAAAUGAUGAUGAUCCAACACUCAUGACGCCAAAUGUUACCAAGUCAACAAAAAAACGACGAUUGGAGAAAUUUGACUUAACAAGCAAUAGUUCAAAGAAAAAGAAGGACUUGAUGAUGACUCUCAGCGCUUUACCAGAAAUUGAUUCACCACCAAAUGCUAAAAAUGACAUUAAUAAAACAAGAAAGAGUCUUGGAUCGCAUGAUGGCAACCAACAAAUCAUGUCACCAAACAAAAGACGUUGGAGUAUUGUUGGGAGUAAAUUUUCACGAAAUAACAAAAAUUCAAAGCAAGCAACCGUUGAGAUGACAAAUAAUGAAAAUACUGAAGAAGUUCACACUGAUGAUGAUUAUGUGAAGAUAUCAAAGAGUGAAUAUGAAGCAUUUAAAGAUCGUUUGAUAUCAAUUGAAACAAAAUUAACUCAUGAAUUUAAUGAGACGAAGUUGGACACAGUCAAAGCCGAAUUUGAAGAAAAUGAUCAAAUGAAUGGACCAGAAAAGGUUCAAAACAAAUAUCAUCAAACUUUACAGGAAAUUGAAAAGUUGGAAGAGUCGGAACGCAACACAGAACAUUUGGCAAGACGACUGAGUCGUGAUUUGAAAAUCAGACCAAAUGUUGAUCAUGCAAUUGUGCGAUCACCAAGUGCUCGUAAAAUUGGAAGUUUAAGACGUCGUCGUGACAGUACAACUCGCUUAUUACGCAAUCAGUCAUGGCAUUUAGGACAAACUAGUCCAAAACCAAUUCUUAAGAAAAGCAGUGACGAAACGAUAAGUUUAAUAUCAUCAACGUCAAGUUUCUAUCCAAAAUCGAAUUUAAAACGAGCAAAACCAGUUCAACGACCUUUGCCAGCACUUCCACCAUCUCCUGAAAAGCAACAGGAAAAGAUUAUUCCAGAAAAGCCCUUAAGAAAUAAAAGAAAAAGUUCAGAACAAUUCUCUACACCAUUAAAAAUUGCGACAGUUGUCGUUAAACCAGCACCAGAAAUUUGGACAUCGGCAACAGAUUUCUUUGAUGAAAAGCAAAUUAACGAUGAAAUGAUUUUCAAAACUCCGAUAAGAGUGCGAAGAAUUUCAGCUGCAAAAUCAACAUGUAAAGAUGAAGUUAAGACGCCAAUGCUCCCACCUCGCACAACACCAGCAGCCAAGAAGUUCACGCCGAUCAGUGCGACAACAACUCCCAAGGAAUUAUCAGCUUUUAAUAAACAUUUUGGAACUCCAUUAAUGUCUUCUGAAGGUCGUGAAUCAAUUAUUGCAAUUCGCAAUAAAAAUGCUGGAAUGGUCGCACAAAAAGCUAAACUUUUCAAUGGGAUGUUAGACAUUCAAAAUUCAGCUGAAAAAUCAGUGAAAAUUCCUCGUGUUAUUGUUAACAAAAAUUUGGAAAAUGUUAAAAAUAUGUCGUUCAAUGAGAAGCGUAAAAUUCCAUCGAAUUCAAUGAAAAGUCCACGAAGAAGUCCACGAUCGUCGCCAGGUGGAAUUAGCAAACGUCAACAACUCAAAUCCUCGCCAUUAUUGAAAACAAUUCGUGAAUGUAGUGAAAGUCAAAAAGUCAAAUUAUUACGACCUGAAAUAUUGAAUGAAGUUGCUUCGCCGAAGCCUAAAUCAUUAUCGACUACACCACGACGUCCAUUGUGA